AUGAAAUAUUUUAAGCAUAUUGUAUAUGGCACCAUAUCUAAAUUAAUUACUGGUCACAAGGCGCUAGAAUGCUUGAAUUCGGGCGAAAUAGAGCUUCUUAGGAUACAAAAAUGGUUGGCUAGCUAUCAAAUUUUAAUUAUGAAACUAGAGUAUAAGAAAGAUAGUGAAAUACUCCGCGUAGACUACUUGAGUAGAAACUACGUUGAUGAAGUGAAAGAUAAGAAAGAUGUAAAUGGGGAAGUAGCAGAUGAACAAAAAGAAAAGUGUGGUAUUAUUAACCAUAUGUCAUUCAUUAUAUCUUUUGUUAUAAAUAUUUAUUUUCAUUUAAUAUUUUUAAUUAAGAAGAAGAACAAUUAUUUUCUUAUAAAUUAUUUGACUUGA